AUGGCCACCUUUUCCAGGCGAUUGCUAGAUCCAUGUCGCUCAUCGUUGUCGAAGGCAGCUCUACAACCAGAGGUCCAAGGAAGUCCGCACGACAUCUUCCGUAGAGUAUCAUCGCUCUUAUGGCCUACUCUUCUUUGCACGGAAGACAAGCUGUAUGAGCGUCAAAAUGAUACGGAAAGGGCAGAAGUCAAAAUCCCUAUCCAACCUCUUACAAUCACGUACCAAGAGGCUCUGAAGUUAAUGCCGUGGCAAAUGGACAAUCCUCAUAUCCAUACAGGUUAUAGAAGACCGACUGGUUCUAUCAGAGCAUGUAUAAGCAGUAUCUUCGGAUAUAUCCACAACGAAAGUGGAAACAUUCUGACUCAUCUUACUGGUGCCAUAGGGUUCAUGAUCAUACUCAUCAACCAUCUUUCCACGUCGACUCUCGGAAGGUCGUCUUCAAUUGAUAUGCUUGAGUUCGUUCCAAUGGCUGUCUAUCUUUGCUCAGCUAUAUCGUGUCUUGGGAUGAGUACAGCUUUUCAUACUCUUAAUUCUCACUCCAAGAAAAUCUCUGACCGAGCUCAUCGAUGCGACUACGCUGGUAUAUUAUUAUUGGCUGUGGGAACUAUUCUUCCGGUCAUAUAUUAUGCUUUUCAUGGCGACGUAUACUGGCAACUGAUUCACUCCGCUGUUAUCAUACUUGCUGGCUCCAUAACAGCAUAUGUUGUCCUUUGUCGUCGAUAUCGAGCUAAAAGAAUACUCCGCACAACUACUUUCUUCGUUCUCGGUUGUUCUGUCCUCAUUCCUCUCUAUCAUUUCACAAUGACCAGAGGAUAUGCUUAUGCUAAGACGACUAUUGGAAUUGAUAAGAUGAUCGUCUCCGGAUUCUUGUAUGCUUUAGGAACGGGAAUAUAUACAUCACGGUUCCCAGAAAGGUUAUAUCCGGGACGUUUUGAUAUUUUCUGUUCAUCGCAUCAGAUUUUUCAUACUUUAGUCGUUAUGGCUACAUUGUGUCAAUAUCUCGCUUUGAAGAGUAUCAUUGAUGUCAAGUGGGUCAGCGCAGAUUGA